AUGGCGUCGUCGGGGCCGCUGCUGCUGCUGCUGCUGCUGCUCGUGCUGCUGGCGGGCGCGCGGGCCGGCCGCCCCCUCCCGGGCCCGGGCUGCUACCGGGCGCCGCGCGGGGACCGGCUGGCCCCCCCGGGGCGCAGGACCUACCCGCGGCCUCACGAGUACCUGGCCCCGUCGGAUCUGCCCAAGAGCUGGGACUGGCGCAACGUGGACGGGGUCAACUAUGCCAGCGUCACCCGCAACCAGCACAUCCCCCAGUACUGCGGCUCCUGCUGGGCCCACGGCAGCACCAGCGCCAUGGCCGAUCGGAUCAACAUCAAGAGGAAGGGGGCCUGGCCCUCCACCCUCCUGUCCGUGCAGCACGUCAUCGACUGCGCGGAGGCCGGCUCCUGCGAGGGGGGCAACGACCUGGAGGUGUGGGCCUACGCCCAGAAGCACGGCAUUCCGGAUGAGACCUGUAACAACUACCAGGCCAAGGACCAGGAGUGUAACAAGUUCAACCAGUGUGGCACAUGCACGGAGUUCAAGGAGUGUCAGCCCAUCCGGAACUACACGCUCUGGAAAGUGGGCGACUACGGCUCCGUGGCCGGCAGGGAGAAGAUGAUGGCAGAGAUCUACGCCAACGGCCCCAUCAGCUGCGGGAUAAUGGCAACAGAAAAGAUGGUGAAUUACAGCGGAGGCAUCUACUCGGAGUACCAGGAGAAGAGCUACAUUAACCACAUCAUUUCCGUGGCCGGCUGGGGCGUCAGCGAUGGGACCGAGUACUGGAUUGUCCGGAACUCGUGGGGUGAACCAUGGGGCGAGCGCGGCUGGAUGCGGAUAGUGACCAGCACCUACAAAGAUGGGAAGGGCGCUCAAUACAACCUUGCUAUCGAGGACAACUGUUCAUUUGGGGACCCCAUCGUUUAA